CACCGACGUGUGCAGUAGAUUCAGAUUUUGAGGGCUAAAAAACUGUGUGUGUGUGUGCCAUAUUCACUAUCUCUCCUCUUCUUCUGAUCCCGCCGCCACAUACCUCUUAUCUCUUAAGCUUUGAGGAAUAAAAAGACGUCGUGAUGAUGAUGAUGUCGUCACUCGGUGGUGGUGGUGGAGGAGAUGGUGGAGGAGGAGGUAGAUUUAUGACGUAUCCGCCGCCUCUUUCAGUGCCUCCCUCGGCUCCUCAGUCACCUAACAACUUCUCUGGUGGUCUCCGAUCACCACAACCUUCUUUCCUCGUUGAGCAAGAAAAGUAUCUUUCUGAAUUACUUGCAGAGCGCCAUAAGCUUACUCCCUUCUUACCUGUGCUCCCACAUGUCUGCCGUCUGAUGAACCAAGAAAUUUUGCGUGUAACCACGCUGUUGGAGAAUGCCUUAAGUCAGAGUAGGUUUGACCACCCUAGCCCUCUAUCUUCUGGAGGGAUAUUGAACUCAAGAGCUGACAUGAACGGAUGGCCCCCACAAUUUCCAUCAGAAAGAUCUCUGUCAUCAUCUCCAGCACCAAAUUGGCUAAACUCUCCUGGUAGCUCGUCAGGUCUCAUUGUAAAACGAUCAAUCAGGGUGGAUGUUCCUGUCGACAAAUAUCCAAACUACAAUUUUGUUGGCCGUCUCUUGGGACCUAGAGGAAACUCUCUUAAACGAGUUGAAGCUAGCUCUGAAUGCCGUGUUCUGAUCAGAGGGAGAGGCAGCAUUAAAGAUCCUGUUAAGGAGGAAAUGAUGAGAGGGAAGCCUGGUUAUGAGCACUUGAAUGAGCAACUCCACAUCUUAGUCGAGGCAGAGUUACCUAUUGAGAUAGUGGAUGCACGUCUCAUGCAAGCUCGUGAAAUAUUAGCCGAUCUACUUACUCCAGUGGAGGAGACUCAUGAUUUCUACAAGAAACAACAGCUCAGGGAACUGGCGCUUCUCAACGGUAGUCUUAGAGAAGAAGGGUCACCAAUGUCUGGUUCAGUCUCUCCUUACAAUAGCCUUGGCAUGAAGAGAGCCAAGACAAGGGACUAAAUAAAUAAAAAAAUCAUCUCACCUUUUCAAGAAGGUAUAAUAUAUUGCAACCGUUAACCACUUCCUUCUUCCAACAAGAAGGCUUUUGAGAUUCCAUCUCCAUCCCAUCCUACUCUGGGCUACUGGUAACUCUCUCUUAUCCCUGGAAUAAAAAAAAAACACCCUUCGUAUAUGAAUCUAUGUCUGCUUACUUAUGUGUCCCGGAGAGAGUUCAGAUGACAGAACUACAGGAGUCUGUAUCUGUGUAUCUGUCUCUGUCCGAGGUUAGGCUUUUGUUCUUUUGAUUCACUGGAGACUACUACUACUAAUAAGCUUUGUUGCUUAGACUUUUUGGGUAAAAACAUAAUGGUUUGUGUGUUUGGUAAUGAAUUAUUCUGUUUGCAUUAAUAUAGUUUGUUACUACUACACAAACAUAUAAUCUUAGAAACUCCAUAACAUCUCAAGCCUUGUUAUCGUCAUCAUCAUCUUCAUUCUCAUCUAUCCCAACCCACUGAGUAAAUGCGAACAAAAACUCUUUGAAGUUCACCAUUCCAUUCUUGUCCCAGUCCAUUUCCUCUGCAAACAAAUGACUCAAAAUCAGAUAUUCUUUGUUCAGUGAAAGAAAAUGUAGAGGAAGUAGUUAAGAGAUUAGACCAAAUCUCUUCAUUGCAAUCCUCCCUGAGGAACGUUCUCCAGAUUCAUCAAUGGCUCUGAACAUCUCCUCACGGCUCACAUGUCCAUCCUUGUUCUCGUCAAGGAACACGAACGUGUCCACUAACGUCUCAAACGUUGGUUCCAGCUUUGGCAUUCCCAGUCUCCAUUUCU